AUGGAACCAGAAAUCUUCGAUCCGGACGGCGAUCUGAUUUUAACCUGCACAGGCGUCCCGCUCCUCGUCUCUUCAAAAGCCAUCUCCCUCGCCUCGUCCGUCCUGCGCACCACACUGAUGGAGCAAGAAGCCGAAACACGAAUCGUCAAGCAAGAACACCCCCAGACCCCCACCGUCGUCCUCGCGCACAACUGCCUCGAAUCCUUUCACGCAUUCUGCGAUGUCGUGCACCACAAAACCGAGUCUCUCCCGCAGAAUCCUGACACUGACUACCUGUACCGCCUGGCCGUGUUUACUGGGGACUAUUGCUGUCGCGCCGCGAUGAAAGACCGUGGACAGAUAUGGCUGAUGACGUUGCGGCUGAUCGACCGGUCUGAAGAAGAUCUUUGGAAGUUAUUGCAGUUCGCGUAUAUCCUCAAACUCCGGAAGAACUGCUUUGAUAUCAGUCGCAGACUUGUGGCUACGCGAUUGAAUCGAUUUCGGGUUUGGAGCUUUGCCCUUGAAACUGAUCGCUUGAUGCCAGACACUAUUCUAGACAACCUCGACGAGAAGCGAGAAUCAGUCGGAAGGUCUGUCCAAUGCGCCAUCAUGGAUCUCGUGGUCAAGCUCGGCCUGUAUGACUGCAAACAGUCCAAGGAUUUCCUUUUCGAGUACCUCCGCUCCUUGAACGAAGUGGGAAUCCUACCGGGUUCAUCACAAUUCGCCGAAAAGAACUACCUGCAGAUAUACGCGGCAGCAAAGAACCUAGCCCGCGCCGUUUACGCCAAUCACGAGGGGUGUGCGUGCUCAAAGUAUGCGGGAUAUAAGCAGAGGGUGGAGCUGAUGAGUCUGCUGGAUAAGUGCUAUGAGACUAUGGGGCUGUGUUUGGAGUGUGUCGAGGGUGUGCAUUAUGAGGGUCAUCCUAAUACGGAUUGA